CCCCCUUUUAAUUUGUGACUCUUCCACUCAAUUUUGGCAAAAGGGAAACAAGAGAGCACAAAAUCAUGGCUACUCUUAGACUUCCAAGAAAGUACCAAUCUUUGUACAUUCUAUUUCAGUUGUUUCUGUUAAUACAAACCAAAUUAGUCUUGUGUUAUCAGUACAAAGUUGGAGAUUUAAAUGCUUGGAAUGUACCCUCUUCUGCAAAUAAAGAUGUUUAUGUCAAAUGGUCCAAGAAUCAUGUCCUCAAGCUUGGAGAUUCAAUUUUGUUUUUGUACCCUCCAAGUGAAGAUUCAGUAAUACAGGUGACAAAACAAAACUACAACAGUUGCAACCUUAAAAAUCCAAUCUUGUACAUGAACAAUGGAAAUUCUUUGUUCAAUAUUACAAGACCUGGUGAAUUUUACUUCACAAGUGGAACAGAAGGUCACUGUGAAAAGUUACAAAAACUUCACAUUUCAAUACCAGGUGGAAAUGGAACAAUUUAUGAUGAUGCAGAUUCACCUGCUUUUUCUCCAUCAGCAGAUUCACCUUCUUACACUAAUGUUUUUGGUUCAAUUCCUGUUCAAUCUUCAAACCAAUCAUCUUCUUGGAAAUUGCAAAUGUCUGUUUUUGUUGCUGUUGGAUUGAUGUUUCUGUCUUUGUUUCUAGGAAGCAACAUUCUUUAGGGAAAUAUUACAAAGAACAGACAGGACCUUUUGGAUUUUGGAGAUUCCACUUAUAUUUUAUUUUUAUUUUUCCUUUGUAUUAAGGCAUUAUUUUUUUACUUUGCAUGUUGUUAAAUUUGUGAAGAUUUUAGUCAUGAUGAUUGAGUUUCAUGGUGGAGCUUGCCAUUUUUCAUUUGAGCAAAAUUAUUGAAUUUCUUGGAUAAUACUUUAGUCAA